AUGACCUCCCACGUUGGUCUUCAAAACGUCCUCAAUUUUCGUGAUGUUGGCAAGACAGUCAAUGACUUCUUGGGUACAAGACGAAUCCGUGAGGGCCUGUUCUACCGUUCCGCGAGACCAGACGAUGCCACUCUUCCAGACAGAGAGCUUAUCAGAAACGAUCUUGGCGUCAAGACAGUCAUUGACCUGAGAACCAAAACUGAGCAUCUUAAUCAAGCCAAGAGACGAAAAGAGCAAUCCAGUAUUCCUGCGCUUGUCCAAUCUAACGAAGCUCUUGCUGAGCCACUUCAAAUCUCUGGCCUCAACUAUCGCGAAGUUAAGAUCACCGGUCGUCCAUUCGAGUUGUUUCUACUAAGCCAGCUAUCAUGGUGGGAUUUCUUUCGUGUUGUCUUCCUCUUUGUAUGUGGCUAUCGCACUGAAGCUAUCAACAUCAUUGGAGAGAAGGUCAUGAUCCCCCGUGGGCUUGUAGGACUAGGCCUCGAUACGCUCGAUCAGUCCACGAGAGAGAUCCACGAGGCUCUAUCACUCUACGCUGACCAGUCAGCUCUCCCUUCAAUUGUCCAUUGCACUCAAGGCAAAGACCGAACAGGCCUCAUUUGUGCGCUGGUGCUUAUGAUUCUGGACGUGCCCAUCUCCGCCAUCGAGCAUGACUAUAGUCUCAGUGACGAAGCACUUGUUCCUGAAAGAGAACAACGUCUUAUCGAGAUUCGGGAAAUCGGAUUAACGGAUGAAUGGCUCUACACCGCGGAUGACAUGAUCAUCGGCCUCCAAAAACACCUUGAGAACAAGUAUGGUGGCCUCAAUGCGUAUCUGGACGGCAUUGGGUUUGGUGCUGAUGAGCGAGCCAAGCUGCGAGAGGCUUUGCUAUACUGA